AUGAACUCCACUCCUCUAGAAGCUUCCGCCAACUCCACAACUCCUGCUGUUUAUCAAAUAGGCAAUAUGGAAAUCUGUAUGAUGAGCAUCAAUUUGCUGUUUGGUCUUCCUACACACUCCUAUGUGAUAUGGCUCAUUGUCACAGGAAGAAGAAAUGGAGUCGCAUUAGCGUUCUUCAACCUCAAUCUCUCUGUUUGUGAGAUUGGUAUCUGUCUAGAUUGUUUGUUUUUUGUACUGUCAAAUUGGAUUUCCAAUUUGUCUGCAUUAGCGCUGUUUUUACAAGGACUCGCCAUCACUGGUCGUCCUCUGUUUCAGUGUCUGAUGUGUGUUGAGCGUUACCUGGCAGUGGUUCAUCCUGUAACCUUUCUGAAGUACAAACAUCUCAGAUAUAGAGUGAUCUGCUGCACUGUGGCCUGGAUAAUCACUUUUGGCUCCUGUCUGGUCUGCAUGAUCACAUUAAUGUUGUAUAACAUUAAAGCACAUGCAUUGUUCUUUUCACUGCAGCUCCUUCUUUUCCUCUCCAUCCAGUUGUUUUGUCUUGUGGCUGUUCUCAGAGCUCUGAAGCAGUCAGGACCAGGAGAGAGAGGAAGAGAAAGAGUGGAGGAAAACCACAUGAAGAGAAGAGCGUUUUAUAUCAUUGUAAUAACCACUGUGAAUAUGGUUAUUGUGUAUGUGCCUAUUAUUAUGUCGGGAUUAUUUACAGUUUUGACAAAAGAAUAUAUUUCAGCAUUUUGGUUCCCUGGUUUGAUUUGUUAUGUACUGGCUAGUUUUGUUCAGCCUAUUCUUUAUCUGCACCUGAAUCGAAAACUUUUCAGCUUUUGUUCUAUGUAA